AUGGAUCAUCUUGAGGACUUGUUUGGCGGCCAAGCCACUGAAAAAUGUCAGAAAGCCCUAAGUAAUCUCAUUAAUUACAGACAGAAGGCUAGGUCUUCCAUAAAGGAACAUAUGCUGAAGGUGAUGUGCUAUUUGGUUGACACUCAGAUCAUUGGGGUUGACAUCGAUGGUGAGUCUCAAUUGACCGUGAUCUUUGAGACUUUGUCGAAGGAGUAUAUUCUGUUUAGGGCAACGUUCAAUUUGAGCGCUAAACAAAAUAUAACCCUGACAGAGUUGAUGCAAGAACUUCAAAAGUUUCAGUGGAUGAUCAAGGGGCCAACUAUUGUGGAGGCCAACUUGGCUGAGGCAUCUUCCUCCAAACCCUCUCCAGGGAAUGGAAAGAAGAAGCAAGGGGCCAAGAAUAAGAGUUCUUCAGUUCCGCCAAACAAGGCCAAGAACGAGAAGAAGAAGAAGAACCCAAACAAGCUCAAGUGCUUUCAUUGCAGGAAUGUGGGGCACAUGAAGAAGAAUUGCAAAGACUACCUAGCCUCUAAAGGCAGAGGAGGGGUUCAAGCAAACGAGAAGUCUUCUAAGUGA